AUUUUCUCAUUCAGAUCGAACGAUCCUAUCCGACCGGCUCAGUUCCGUUAGGUCUGCGCCACAGCGAAUCCUUUUCAUUUGUCCAUCUUUUCAUAUAUAUCGUGGUGAAGAUUUAGCUGUGUAAACUAUCAAUCUUUUCAUCAUCAUUAUUUGAAUAUACACAUGCUUAAUUUAUUGUUUUCAUCGUUUUUCCUGUCAUUUCUUCAAUUAUUCUUCGAUUUUCUACUGUCUUGUUUUGUUGGGUAGUUUGUUGGUUGAAUAUUGAACUCUUCUUAAUUUUCUAUUUAUCAGCAAAGGAAGGGUUUGGAUCUGCUUAAGUAUUACUUGUUUAAUGAAAUCAGCUAACUCUAAUUAGUAGUUUCCAUACAUUGUCUCUGUCGCAAGGAAGAAUGGCAGGCAAAGGAAAGAAGAAAAUAACUGGAGCGGAUGAAGCAGGAAACAAAGGAGGACCAGGGCGUCCGCCACUGUCUCAAGAAGAAAAGAUGAUAAAGAAAAAGGAGAAAAAUGAAAAGAGCAAAGCAAUUCGGGCAUAUAAGAAGUGUGAAUUCAGUAGGCUUCGACAAGAGGAAAAAGUGUUCAAGGACUUUUGUGAGGAAAAUGGACUGACAGAAGUGUACCAAAACUUUCGUGAAAAGUGCAAGAAAAGAACUGAAGAAAGUUCAAAGGGUACGGAAGAGCAAACAAGAGAGUUCAAUGACGAAUUCGACAAGCUUGCUGCUGAAGUUUUUUCGGAUUUUGGAGCAAACAUACCAUAUGAGGAGGGACUUCAACUACUUAUACAAUAUUAUUCUGAGGACCAGGCAGCAGCUGUUGAGGAGCUUGUUUGGUUUGAUGGGAGGGGAGGGGAGGGAAAGGGAGUUCCCUCUGUUUCUCUCAAACCAAACAGGGUAGUAUCAUGGACUUACUGUUUUAACAUGUUUCUUAACUUGCAGAACCGUGAAAUGUUGGAAGGAAACUUAAAGGCUGGACCCUCAAAUGUUGACUCGAAUUCUGGUGGAGAAUGGCAGUCUAGCACUACUUUGAUAACUGGUGUUGUCGCCGAUUCUAGUAGCGCUGGAGGUCAUGGUGGAAUAGGGCCGAAGUUAGGCACCCCAUUUGAGCAAGCAUGGGAAUUAAAGAGGAAGAGAGAGGAAGAACUGGAUGAAGCUCGUAGGGGCAAAAGGCCUGCAACUGCUGACAAUUACACUCCACCUCAUCCUCCAAUUGAUGGUUCUCAACCUAGUGGGUUUAUGGCUGAUGCUCGCCGCCAGACUUCCCCUCAGUCAGCUGCUGCACAUCUUUUCUCUACCUCAGCAUGGGCAUCUCAGUGGGAGGAGAGGUUAAGGAAGUUAACUGGUGAGCCUGUGCCGGGGGUUAACAAUGGAGCCCAUGCAAUUAUGGACGAUUUUGUGAAGCUGGUUCUGGGGUCCUCUAUCUCUCAUGCAAUUUAUCUGGCGAAGCAAUAUGAGAAGCUCCAAGUCAAAGAUGCUGAAAUAAGAAAGCAGGAACAAGAAGUUUUAGCAGCUGCUUCUAUUGAUGCCAACCCUAAAUUCAAGGAAAAGAAGAAAGAAGCAGACGACCUGAAAAAACAAGUAGAGGAGCUGCAGGAGGAAGUUAGCAAACUUCAGGCUGAACUGGCAAAGAAGGAUGAGAUUAUUUCCAAGGAUGUAUUUAAGCAGAACCUGGCUGCCGUAUCCCUUGGCUGGAAUUUAAUGAAGAAGUUUCUGGAGUCCAUGGAUGCUGGUACGGAGUUGCUUAACCUGUCUCUCUUGGACACCAUUAAGCACCAUCCUCCUCUUCUUCACCAGUUCAACGAGGGUCUGACUUCAAUAGGUCAGGGACAUACUGAUAUUGAUGACACAUUUUGCAUCCCGUUCGAUCUACCAGUGGUUGUGUCGGACCCCUUUGUUUCGGAUCAGUUCACCCAGACUGUCAAUACGGAAGGUGAGCUCAUCGGCUUUGGCCCUCCAGGAGAUCCUAAUGUUGUCAUCUUAAGUGCCAAUAGUCCUCCGCUUCAGACUGCAAAUACCGGAACUAACAAUUUGGACCAGGAGGACAAUAUUGCUAAUCGGGAGAAUAAAGCUGCAGAGGCUGACAACUCAGGAAUGGGCGCUGAUGCCACCUGUGGAUCGUGGUAUCCUUGAAUUCCUCCCUUUUUACAUCUGAAUAAUAGUUUGGAAUGCAUUCGUACUUGCUUAAUUUGAACAAUUUCAUUGCCCCUGGCUCCUGCGCCGUAUAGCCCAGAAAACUGAUAG